AUGGAAGCCCCGGCCGCCGCUCCGGGGAGGGGCGGCGACCGCAUCGGCGCCCUUCCGGACGGCGUCCUCGAGGACAUCCUCGGCUUCCUGCCAGCCCAGGAUGCCAUCCGGACCUGCGUGCUGGCCCGGCGCUGGCGCCACCUCUGGAAGUCCGCCAAGGCCCUCCGCGUCGUCGGCGGCGGGGACGGCAAGUUCCUAGGGUCCGUGAAGGAGCUCGGGGAGUUCGUCGACAACCUGCUUCUCUCCCGCGGAGGCGCGCCUCUCGACACGUUCGAGCUUAAUUUCAUGGGGUCCAGCGAUGAAGAAUUCCCCAGCUUGAGCAUCUGGUUCCGUUAUGCUGUGACGCGCAAAGCCCGGUUUCUCAGGCUCCGCUUGCACAAUGACUUUGAGAGUUUCCACGCCUUGUCUAAACUACACGGCUUGCCUCUCGUCUCCAAGCAUCUUGCAAGGCUAGAGCUUCACGGUGUUGGGGUCUACAGCAGUUUCGCCGAUUUCUCAAGCUGCCCGGUCUUGGAACAUCUAGAGUUCAACGAAUGUGAAUUCUCGUUCCGGAAUAUUUUGUCCGAUUCAAUUAAACAUCUGAGCAUCACUAAGUCCAUUUCCGGCUUUUACCACACUCAGUAUUUGUGCUCCGAAUCUGGUCUCACUGCGAUUAGAUGA